AUGCGGAUACCUAUUGGGGGCCACCGUUUUUACAGCGAUUCGAACUACCCUGAAGUGGCAGCAUUGGCCCGCAAGGACCUGACAAUCACUGUCGCCAUAGCACUUGGCGUAGAAAUCCACCACCAAAUACUCACCAUUUGGCCAGUUAAGAAGGAUCGUCCCAAGUGCCUGAUAACCAACGUAUAUAGCCCCCCUAGGGAUAAGAGGGCCGAUUUUUCAUUAAUUUUAAGUCACGUAUCUACCUUGCUCUCAACGAAAGACCGACUAAUCUUUCUCGGAGACUUUAACGCUUGGCACUCCGCAUGGGGUUAUCAACGCGACACCGCCAAGGGCUUCAAUCUACUACGAGAAACUCAGUCCCACGAACUUGUACUGAUUACGCAGCCAGGCACUCCUACAAGGAUAGGAAACAGCGUUGCCCGGGACACCACGCCGGACCUUACGUUUGUCAACAAUGAGACGGGGGUCACCUGGUGUAACCUAGACGAAACGCUAGGCAGUGAUCACUAUCUACUGUGUGUCAAUGUUAACACAGCUAAAGUUCGACAGCCCCUAGGGGUGGCCAGGCUCACUGAUUGGAAAAGGUAUAGAGAACAACAGCAGGCUGCUUCCUCAUUUCCAGCCACGGCCGCAGGUUGGACAACUUUCCUCAAGGAGGCCCAUGCUGCCACCACCAGAGAGAUCAAGACCACAACGGAAGCACCAGCAGUAGACAGCCAUCUCGCCCACCUCUGGGAGGCCCACAGAAGCCUCACCAAACGCUGGAAGCGGCAGCGGCGUAAUCGCAAACUUAGGCGCCGAAUAGCCCUGCUGGCAAACGAAGCUAACACAUAUGCAAAGGAGCUGAAUAAUCAAAAUUGGCGCAGCUUCUGCGACUCUCUCAGAGGCACCCUCAGCCCCAAGAAGACCUGGGCCAUUCUUCGGUGCAUGUUAGACCCAACUAGCACGCGCACCGAGACGUCUAACGUCAUGCGACGGCUCUUAGGAGAAUACAAGGGCUCAGAACAAGAACUACUCGAGCACCUAAAACGCACCUACACCGGCGCUGCUCAGACAUCUUCACACGUUAUGAGAGAAUACCAAGGACAGGAUAACUCGAGCUUGGACGCCCCCAUCACCUUCUCAGAGCUCUACGCAGCGGCACAAACCUUCAAGAAGAACACGGCUCCUGGACCCGACCAAAUCACCAACGCAAUGCGUCGCAACCUUAUUGAUGUAGCCCUACAGCACUUAGUCGACUUCUUCAAUUAA